AUGGGUCAUCUUUCUUUUCUGAUAAAAUGGCAUCAUCUUCACAAGCCGCUGAAGUUCUUGAUUUUGCUCUGGGUUUUGUUUUCAGCUGAAAGCGACGUCGUUUUGGGCGCUGAUUCGGAUAAAUCUGCUCUCUUGGAGUUCAAGGAUUCAAUUUCGGACCCUUCUGGUGUGCUGACCAGCUGGAAUUGGAAUAAUCCGGAUCACUGCUCGUGGACCGGGGUAUUGUGUGAUUCGGGCUAUCGGGUCGUGGCGUUGAAUAUUACAGGUGAAGGUAAUUCUUUAUCUUGUGCUAGAAUUGCUCAAUUUCCACUCUAUGGGUUUGGAAUUAGAAGGCCUUGUCUAAAUAGCAAUAAUAAAGUAAAAAUCUGGGGUAAAUUAUCGCCUGCUAUUGCGAAACUCACUGAGCUGAAGGUGUUAUCGCUCCACUUCAAUGAAUUAAGCGGGGGUAUUCCUGUGGAAAUUUGGGGUAUGGAAAAGCUGGAAGUUCUUGAUCUCGAAGGGAAUUUAAUUUCUGGGUCAUUGCCGGAUAAAUUUAAGGGGUUGAAAAAUUUAAAAGUUCUUAACUUGGGAUUCAAUGAGAUUUUUGGGGGAAUGCCAAGUUCAUUGUUGAAUUUUAUGGGUCUGCAGAUCUUAAAUUUAGCUGGAAAUCAAGUGAAUGGGUCUAUUCCAAGGUUUAUUGGUGAGUUUAGAGAUUUGAGGGGGCUUUACUUGUCAUUUAAUCGGCUUGGUGGAUCAAUACCUGGUGAUAUAGGGGAUAAUUGUGGGAAGCUUGAGCAUCUGGAGUUGGCGGGAAAUUUCUUCACUGGAGGGAUUCCAGAAAGUCUUGGAAAGUGUAGGGGGCUGAAGACACUUCUGCUGUACUCAAAUGUGUUAGAGGAUGUGAUUCCGGUUGAACUCGGUCAGCUGAAUCAGCUUGAAGUGUUGGAUAUUUCUAGGAACAAUUUCGGUGGUGCUAUACCAUCGGAACUUGGCAAUUGUACAAAGUUAUCUGUCCUUGUGUUGUCAAACUUGUGGGAUCCUCUUCCCAACAUCUCUAGUUUUAGAGGUGAUAUCUCGAUUGAAAAGUUGGCACUUAUUGCUGAUGAGUAUAAUUUCUACGAAGGUACAAUUCCAGCUGAAAUUACUAGUCUUUCAAGCUUGAGGAUGGUGUGGGCCCCUCGAGCAACUCUUGAAGGAAAGUUGCCUGAUAGUUGGGGUUUUUGUGACAACUUGGAGAUGUUGAAUUUGGCGCAAAACUAUUACUCAGGGAAAGUCUCUGAGGGGUUCAGCAACUGCAAGAAACUGCAUUUUCUAAACUUGAGCUCAAACAGACUGAGUGGGGAGAUUGUUGACAAAAUUCCUGUUCCUUGUAUGACUAUGUUUGAUGUUAGUGGGAAUUUUCUAUCUGGUUCUAUCCCCAAAUUUAGUUACAAUUCUUGUGCAAAUAUCCCGUCCAUAAAUGGGGAUUUCUUGGAGCCACAUGAUUUAUCAGCUGUAUACAUCUCAUAUUUUGCAGAGAGAACUCAAGUUGACAUCCCUUUGCCAUUUUUUGGUGAUGAUGCGAGUUUUGCCGUGUUCCAUAAUUUUGGCUCUAACAACCUUACAGGCACAGUUAAUUGGAUACCAAUUGCACCUGAAAGAUUAGGGAAGCAGACUGUUUAUGCAUUUCUUGCUGGUGGAAACCAGCUCACUGGAUUAUUCCCUGGAAAUUUUUUCGAGAAGUGUGAUCAGAUGAGGGGUAUGAUGGUUAAUGUCAGUAACAAUCUAUUAUCUGGUAACGUUCCAGCUGAUAUUGGCACAAGGUGCCAAUCUUUGAAGCUCUUAGAUGCCUCUGGUAAUCAAAUUACUGGAAUUCUUCCUCCUGGUAUUGGAGAUUUAGUAUCACUUGUAGGUCUUAAUUUGAGCUGGAACCCAUUGAAGGGUCCAAUCCCGAGCAGUAUUGCUCAAAUAAAGGAUCUUGAAUGCCUUUCUUUAGCUGGAAAUAACUUGACUGGGUCUAUUCCUGCAAGCUUGGGCCAUCUAUACUCUUUAAAACUGCUUGAUCUGUCCUCAAAUUCUCUCUCUGGUGAAAUUCCUAAAGAUCUUGAAAAUUUAAGGAACUUGACUGUCCUCCUCCUCAAUGAUAAUAAGCUAUCUGGGCAGAUUCCGUCUGGCUUCGUGAAUUUGACCAUGCUCUCAGCAUUUAAUGUGUCCUUCAAUAAUCUCUCUGGGCCACUGCCUUUGAACGGUAAUUUGACGAAAUGCAGUAGUGUCCUCGGGAACCCUUUUCUGCACUCCUGCUACGCAUCCUCUUUGUCAUCAUCAUCUGCUGAUCAACAGGGAAGCAUUGGGGAUUCGCAAAGUUAUGCUUCUUCACCACCAACCCAAAUAAGUAGGAAUGGAGGUUUAAACCCAAUUGAGAUUGUAUCCAUCACAUCUGCAGCAGCCAUUCUUUCAGUUCUUCUUUCUCUUAUUGUCCUCUUCUUUUACACUAGAAAGUGGAAGCCAAGGUCCAGAGUUAGUGGAACUGCUAAGAAAGAAGUAACAGUAUUUUCUGACAUUGGGGUCCCAUUAACUUACGAAAGCGUGGUGAAUGCUACAGGGAGUUUUAAUGCAAGCAACUGCAUUGGAAAUGGAGGCUUUGGAGCAACAUACAAAGCCGAGAUUGCUCCAGGAGUCCUUGUGGCAAUAAAACGGCUUUCAAUAGGACGUUUCCAAGGUGUUCAACAGUUUGAUGCAGAAAUCAGAACUCUUGGGAGGCUUCGCCAUCAGAAUCUAGUGACAUUGUUAGGAUAUCAUGCCAGUGAAUCUGAGAUGUUUCUUGUAUAUAAUUAUUUGCCAGGUGGUAAUCUGGAAAAGUUUAUCCAGGAGAGGACCACAAGAGCUGUCGAUUGGAGGGUACUCCACAAGAUUGCUUUGGACAUAGCCCGUGCACUUGCCUACUUGCACGAUCAGUGUGUGCCACGCGUUCUUCACCGUGAUGUGAAGCCUAGCAAUAUCUUGUUAGAUGAUGAUUACAAUGCUUAUUUAUCUGAUUUCGGACUGGCUAGGUUACUCGGCACUUCAGAAACACAUGCCACCACCGGUGUGGCUGGCACUUUUGGAUACGUUGCUCCAGAAUACGCGAUGACUUGCCGUGUGUCUGAUAAGGCGGAUGUCUAUAGUUACGGAGUUGUGUUGCUUGAAUUGAUUUCUGACAAGAAAGCACUCGAUCCCUCUUUUUCUUCCUACGGAAAUGGUUUCAAUAUUGUUGCAUGGGCAUGCAUGCUCUUGCGUCAAGGGCAUGCCAAGGAGUUCUUCACGGCCGGGUUGUGGGAUGCAGGCCCACACGAUGAUUUGGUAGAAGUCUUACACCUGGCGGUUGUCUGUACAGUUGAUUCUCUUUCAACCAGGCCAACAAUGAAGCAGGCUGGACUGAGGUGGAGAUUCUUGGUUAAGUUCUGCAAGUGUUUUGGUGAACCAACCCCUUAUACUGGGCAGAGGAUAACCCUCCGGACCAACAAGAUUUCCAUCUCAAUAACUUCAGUCGGGUACCAUCUGUGCCCGGACAUACUCUUCAGGUCCCCAAGGUGUACAGCCACUGGGCUCAGAAGUGAUGGCAAGAGAGAUUUUUCAGGAUUCAACACUGUUUUUCAAGUAGAGGAUUGUCUGUUUUACCCAAGCUAUGCAGAGCAUUUCACCAGCUCGACUGAAAGACGAAACCUCAAUAAAGUCCAGAGCAUUUUGCAUACGAUGCAGUUAAUGCAACACUAG